UAAACAGCAUCAUAUCGAAUACGUUCGCGUUCAGUGCAUCAUAUUGAGAAAUAACAAAACCUAAAAUGUCUUUUGCACCUUUUCUUUUCAACUACGACAUGCCUCGAUGGCCUAAACGUCUACCAGAUCAAAACUUCGGCCUCACUUUGUCGCCAGAAGACCUCUUCACUGCGUCGACUCCGAUUGUGCCUCGAUACCCUGUCUGGUGGCCAAAGGACACGGGCUCCUCGAUCAAACUUGAAAAAGAUAAAUGGCAAAUUAAUGUCGACGUGCAGCAUUUUGCACCGAGUGAAAUAACCGUCAAGACUGUCAAUGGUUACAUAGUUGUGGAAGGGAAACACGAAGAGAAACAAGAUGAGCAUGGAUUUAUUUCCAGGCAAUUUGUAAGGCGUUUCAAGAUCCCAGAAGAUACGGAUUCUGAUGCGAUCGAGUCAAGGCUGUCGUCUGAUGGUGUAUUGACUGUUUUGGCUUCAAGAAAGGAAAGCUCACAAGGUGAAAGAAAUGUACCCAUUACACACACUGGCCCUGUCCGGAAAGAAGUGAAAGACGAUUCGUUAAAUGAGCAAAUUAUCGAAAAGUGAAAAUUUUGACGCGUCGAUAGCUAUAGUGAAUUUUAUUUUUAAAAUGACUGACUAAUGAGACUGUGAAUCGAGAUUAUGAUAUUAUUGAAAUUGGUUUAAAUUUAUGUUGAGAUUAUUUUGUUGUCGUUGUAUACUUUUUCGGCCAACAUUUUCUUAAUGUAUGUGAUAUUAAAUAUUUAAUAUAGUACAAGUUUUA